CAAAGCGGGGAGCUGGAGCCACAGCGCGGCCACUGGUCUGAGGUGCGGGGAUGGCCGGCCCGGGCCAGCGGGGGCCGGAACGCGCCGGGAGUUGCUGGCAAGACCCGCUGGCUAUGGCGCUGAGUGCCCCGAGGCCGCCGGCCCCUGGCCGGGGCUGGGGGCGGAGCCGGCCACUUAGUGUGGUCUACGUGCUGACCCGGGAGCCCGAGGCCGAGGCCGAAGUCGAGCCACUGCCCCUGCGCUGCCUCCGCGACGCUUGCGCCCAGCUGUCCGGGCCGCGCCCGGCGCCGCAGCUGCGCACGCUGCCCUUUGGGACCGUGGCCCUGGGCGAGCCCGCCGCGCUAGACGCCUUCUACAACGCGGAUGUGGUUGUGCUGGAAGUGAGCGGUUCCUUGGGCCAACCCUCCUUGUUCUACCACCUUGGAGUGAGGGAGAGUUUCAGCAUGACCAACAAUGUGCUUCUCUGUGCCCAAGCUGACCUGCCUGAUCUCCAGGCCCUCAGGGAAGACGUCUUUCAGAAAAACGCUGAUUGUAUCGGGGGCUACACCUUCAUCCCCUACAUGGUGACGGGCCAAGGCCGGGUCCUGUGCGGCGAUGCAGGUGUCAUGAAGGGGCUGGCGGAGGGCUUGUUCCAGUCGGGGGCAGGCGCUGAGACCCUCCUCAGCCCCCUGGUGGGCAGGCUUGUGCGCCUGCUGGAAGCUGUGCCCACCACCUCCGGGGGCUACUUCCGCGAGACCAUGCGCAGGGACAUCCGCCGGGUGCGGGAGCACUUCUCUGGGGACCGGCUUCGGCGUGAGCUGGGGCGGCUGCAGAAACGGCUGGACAGCGUGGAGCUGCUGACCCCCGACAUCAUCAUGACCCUGCUGCUGUCCUACCGGGACGUGCAGGACUACGGGGCCAUCAUCUCCCUGGUGGAGACGCUGCAGGCCUUGCCCACCUGUGACCUGGCAGAGCAGCACAACAUCUGCUUCCACUAUACCUUUGCCCUCAACCAGAGGAACAGGCCUGGGGACAGAGACAAGGCCCUGUCGGUGCUGCUGCCCCUGGUGCACAGCGGGGCCGUGGCCCCCGACCUCUACUGCAUGUGCGGCCGCAUCUACAAGGACAUGUUCAGCGGCUCCGGCUUCACGGACACGGGUCACCGGGACCAGGCCUGUCACUGGUACAGAAAGGCCUUUGAGACGGAGCCCAGCCUGCACUCGGGGAUCAACGCGGCCGUGCUGCUCCUGGCCGCCGGACACCAGUUUGAGGCCUCGGACGAGCUCCGGCAGAUAGGCCUGAAGCUGGGGUGCCUGCUGGGCCGCAAGGGCAGCGUAGAGAAGAUGCAGUAUUACUGGGACGCGGGCUUCUACCUGGGCGCCCAGAUCCUCGCCAAUGACCCCGCGCAGGUGGCGCUGGCCGCCGAGCAGCUCUACAAGCUGAACGCCCCGCUCUGGUACCUGGCCUCGGUCAUGGAGACCUUCCUCCUGUACCAGCACUUCUGCCCGGCCUCCCGGCCCGCGGGGCCCAUGGGCCGCCGCGCCCUCUUCUGGCUGCGCUUCCUCCUGCAGGCCUGCCAGCCCUUUGCUGCCGCGGACGAAUGCCCGGUGCUGAUCCUGGAGCAGAACAAAGUGCUGCAGCCGGCCCGGCUCCGGGUGACCGAGGGGAGCCCCAGCGGGGCCGUGACCUUGAGCCUGCUGGAGUCUGAGACAGAGGCUGCCGGCUCUGGCUGGACCUUCCCCGAGGCUUCCAUCCGGGGCGUCAGCAUCUCCAAGAGGGACGAGCGCUGCUGCUUCCUGUACGUGCUGCACACGGCCCAGGACUUCCAGCUGGGCUUCUCCAGCCAGCAGUACUGCCAGUGGUUCUGCAAGCGGAUCCAGGCCUUCGUGACCCAGCCAGUCCUGCCUGGAGAUGAGGGCUCGGCCCCCAAGGAGGUGCUGGAGUUUGACUAUGAGUACACAGAGACGGGAGAGCGGCUGGUCCUGGGCAAAGGCACCUACGGGGUGGUGUACGCCGGUCGGGACCUGAGCACCCAGGUGCGGAUCGCCAUCAAGGAGAUCCCCGAGAGGGACAGCAGGUUUUCCCAGCCCCUGCACGAAGAGAUCGCCCUGCACAAACGUCUGCGCCACAAGAACAUCGUGCAGUACCUGGGCUCCAUCAGCCAGGCCGGCUUCCUCAAGAUUUUCAUGGAGGAGGUGCCUGGAGGCAGCCUGUCGUCCCUGCUGCGGGCUGUGUGGGGGCCGCUCCAGGACAACGAGAGCACCAUUAGCUACUACACCCGGCAGAUCCUACAGGGCCUGAGCUAUCUCCAUGACAACCACAUCAUCCACCGUGACAUCAAGGGGGACAACGUUCUGAUCAACACCUACAGCGGGCUGCUCAAGAUCUCCGACUUCGGCACCUCCAAGAGGCUGGCGGGCAUCACCCCCUGCACCGAGACCUUCACAGGGACCCUGCAGUACAUGGCCCCCGAGAUCAUUGACCAGGGCCCCCGAGGCUACGGAAAGGCGGCUGACAUCUGGUCCUUGGGCUGCACCGUCAUUGAGAUGGCCACUGGACGCCCGCCCUUCCAUGAGCUGGGCAGCCCCCAGGCCGCCAUGUUCCAGGUGGGCAUGUACAAGAUCCACCCCCCGGUGCCCGGCGCCAUGUCUGAGGAAGCCAGAGCCUUCAUCCUGCGCACCUUCGAGCCUGAGCCCAAGCACCGGGCCAGCGCAGCUGCCCUGCUGGGGGACCCCUUCUUGCAGCCUCGGCGUAAAGCCCGGAACUCCACGUCGCCCCCGCACCCCCCUCUCCCUACAGGUGUCCCGCCCAGCGGCCCGGCCUCCUCGGCCGGCCAGUCGCAGACGGUGCCGUGUCCGGGGGCCAGUCCCCAAGCCAGCCUCUUGCCCCCCAAGCGCUGCUUCAGUGAAGGAGGAGCCCUCAACAGCCGGCUCCGGGCGCCCGAGGACUCUGCCGCGGAGCAGACCCACUCCCCAGAGGAGACCCCGCAGCGGUCCCUGAUGCGCAAGGAGAGUGAGCAGAGGGCCAUGCUAGAGCAAGUGCUCAGCCAGGAGCUGCCCGCCAUCGUGGAGGGCCUGCAGCGGGCGCUGGAGCAGGGCCCCCCUGGGCCACACCUGAGCCGGGAGCAGGUGGCCCAGCUGGUGAGAGGCCUCCGGAGCUACAUUUGCUCUUCCAGCCGCCGACAGCUGGCCCAGGAGCUUCAGGCCCUGCAGGAGCAGCUUCGGGCCCAGGGGCACAGCGUGGGAUUACUCCAGGGACCCCUUUUUGCUUUCCAGGAUGCUGUGAAGCGGGUCCUCCGCAGGCACGAAAUCCGGCCCCACUGGAUGUUCGCCUUGGAUGGGCUGAUGAGCCGGGCUGUGCGGGCGGCCCUGGCCGUGCUGGGGACAGAGCUAAAGAAGCCAGCUGCAGGGGAAGCUGAGGAGGGCAGUGAGGAAGAAGAGCAGGAACCUGGGCAGAGGGGUGUGCCCCCCAGGAGGAGACACUCAAGGGCACCUGAUGAGGAUCCCAUACCCCUUAUGGCACAGCUGAGCCUCCUAAGGGCAGAGACAGGCAGACUCCUGGGACAUCUGGCAGAGAAGGAGAGACAGUGCCAAGCAUUAGCCCUCAGGGCCCUGCAGUGUGCAGAGGAAACCUCAACUCUAACCUUAGGCUCUGGGCCUCCCGAUAGCCCAGCAGCCUCCGCAGCAGACCCUGAGCUGACCCAGUGGCUGCAGCAGCUGGGGGUAGAUUCCGGCACCAUCCGGACACUCCUGAGCCACGGCUUCACCUUGCCCAUGCUCCUCACCUGCGCCAGUCGAGAUGACCUUGUUUAUACUCGGAUCAGAGGUGGAAUGGUGUGCCGAAUCUGGAGAGCCAUCAUGGUCCAGAGGGCCGUGCCAGUGCCCUAGCCCCCCGCCUCAGGCUCAGGCUGCAGACAGACCCAUGGACGUCAUGGCGGCAGGCGGCCAUUCAGCCCGAGAACCAGAAACUGGUGCUUCCCCCCAGGGAGCAGAGGACCCUUCCUCCCCAAAGUGUGUUCAGGGUAGCUGAGAGACACAGGAAGGGCUGCCCAGGGAGGGCUUGGCCCGGGGCCACGGCCAGGUUAGGACAUUAAAGAGCAUACUUUUGUA